AAUAAUACUACACAAUAUCAUAUUUAUAGUUUAAACUUUCUUCCUUUUUACAACAACAACUCUACUACAUACAUCAAGGACUUAUCCCUCCCAAUUAUCUAAAAAGACGAUGAUAAAAAGCAUCGUGUUGAAGUUCAUUUCCGCCUUAUAUGUGUGUGUUCUACUUUACCAUAAAAGCUGCAAUGGAGAAACGGAUUGUAUCCGCAAAGCAACAGACCUCUACCAUAAAUUAAUUAAUAAUUCGACUUGUUUGUCCAGUUCUUCAGUGAAUGCUUCGUUAAGCAAUCUGGAGAAAUGUUCCCCAGAAUGUUUAAUAAUAAACUCUGCAGCAGAAGACGAUUAUGUGAGAGUACAAAUCAAAUACGCUGCUGAUAUCGUUUUGAAACUGGAACAUAGGAAGAACAAAAAAUGUUCUUAUUCAUCUAAAGAUAUCAAUAUUGAUUGCAAAAUUGAUCAAAUCACAUUAGGGUCACUGCAAAGUUGCAUAAUUGGACGUUGUCUUUUAGAACAAAAAGAAAAGAAACAAGUCACGGAGACACAGGCCUGUCCACUGAUCGGGAAUGGUUCAGAAAAAUAUGAUACCCUUGAAAUUUACCAUCUGACUAUUGUCAUGGUGUUAGGAUCAAUCCUUGAAUAUUUCUAGUUGAUGUGAUAGUAUUGAUUU